AGAUUGUUAGUAUUUGGCUAUAAAAAAGUUGGAAAAUCAGCAAUUACCAUUCAAUUCUUACAAGGAGUUUUCAUAUCAGAAUAUUCAUCAUUAUGUGACGAUUCCUAUCGUAAACCAUAUGAAGUAGAUGGCCAUUACGGAUUACUAGAUAUUCUAGAUUGCUCUACAGAUGCUGAUCCAUCAUCUGCAUUGAGGGAUGGACAUGUAAUUUCUGGAAAUAGUUAUUUAAUUGUUUGGGAUGUUUCCAAUACAGAAAACUUAUUGGAAAAGACUGACACCUUGUUAAGCCAAUUAUUCGAACUCAGAUUCAUUAGGAAUACUCAGGUUAUGAAUAACUUUCCAAUUGUAUUUGCUUUGAAUAAGACGGAUUUAUUAGAGGAUUCCAAUGGAAGUAAUGUUAUAAUUGAGAAAUGCAGAAAUGCAAUUAAUGAAGUUAUCAGAAAGAAAGAGUUGAAUAAUUGUGCAAUUAUUGAAUGUAGUGCUAAAAAAGGAGAAAAUAUACAUUCUUUAUUU